AUACACGACUCUCACAAAUAGCGCAUAGACCGUGUAAUGGCUUUUCUUCGUACAGUGGUCAGAUGUAGUGUUCACAGAAAAUACGGCUUACUAAUCGACCCGUUACAGUCUAGUAGUUUCGCCAAAGUCAAUUUGAAUCAGACUGUGCUGAAAUCGUCGGCCGCUAGUAGUACCCUUGUAGACGAUCCCAGUCAAACUGUACAGAAUCCAACACCCAAAGACCCGCUGGAUAUCAGUUUCCAAGAUGCAAAGGCAGCAUUCAAAAGCAAGACUAAUUUGGAGCUCAUCAGGGCAUAUGUGGUAUACACAUUAUGUUCAUUUGAAACCUUGGUUACACAUAAUAUGAAGCUGAUGAAAUUGGCCAAGAGCAUAUUGGGUGAGAAGUUGUUCAUUCAGCUGAUGAAGGCCACCUUCUAUGGCCACUUUGUGGCGGGCGAGGAUCAGUACAAGAUCAGACCCAAGCUAGAGAGGCUGCGAUCCUUCGGCGUCAAACCGAUCCUCGAUUACUCUGUGGAGGAGGACAUUUCGCAAGAGGAGGCUGAAAAACGAGAAGUCGAGGCUUCAGUACCUGAAGCUGGCGAUACCCAGAUCGAUGGAGCCCUUAAACAGUAUCAUGUGGAGAAAACUUUUGCCGACAGAAGGUACAAAGUGCAAUCGGCCAGGACGUAUUUCUAUCUGAACGAGGCCACCUGUGAACGGAACAUGGAGACUUUCAUAAGGUGCCUCGAGGCGAUCGCAGAUUUUCAGAAGGCGUCUCCAGGUGCCACUUAUGGGACAGGGAUUACAGCAAUCAAGCUAACUGCAUUGGGCAGACCACAAUUACUGCUUCAACUAUCUGAAGUGAUCAUAAAAGCGAGACAGUAUAUGACAGAAAUAGUAGGAGGAGAAGGUAACGUCCUUUCUCAUCAUCUCAAACACGAAGAUCUCGAAGCGAAGUUCGAUAAGAUUCAAGAUAAAGAAUCGCUGAGAAAGUUCCUUAAGCAAGUCACUUAUGACAGACACGGUGUACUCCACUUGUUCCCGUGGUCUGGUAUCAUUGACGAUAACCAAGAACUGAGCACCACUUUCAGGGUACCUGAUUUGAAAUCGGGACGUAUGAUUAGGCUAAUCACGCAACUGACUCCUAAGGAGGAGGAAAUGUUUAGGAACAUGAUCAGGAGAAUGAACACCAUUGUGAAAGCAGCGCAAGAGAUGGACGUGCGCAUAAUGGUGGAUGCCGAACAGACGUACUUCCAGCCUGCCAUCACUCGCAUCACGCUCGAAUUCAUGAGGAAGUACAACAAGGAGAAGGCGAUCGUCUUCAACACGUACCAGUGCUAUUUGCGCAACGCCCUCACCGAAGUCUCCACCGAUCUCGAACAGGCCAAAAGGCAGAACUUCUAUUUCGGCGCUAAGCUCGUGCGCGGCGCCUAUCUCGAACAGGAGAGAGCCCGUGCGGCGGCGAUGGGCUACCCCGACCCAACGAAUCCGACCUUCGACGCCACCACCGACAUGUACCACAGCACGCUGAGCGAGUGCCUGCGCCGCAUCAAGGACUUCAAGAACAAGGGCGAGGACAAGAAGAUCGCCAUCAUGGUGGCGUCGCACAACGAGGACACCGUCCGAUUCGCCAUCGAGAAGAUGAAGGAGUGCGACAUCGAGCCGGCAGAUAAGGUCAUCUGUUUCGGCCAGCUGUUGGCCAUGUGCGAUUACAUCACCUUCCCCUUGGGUCAGUCCGGCUACUCGGCCUACAAAUACAUCCCGUACGGGCCGGUAAACGAGGUGUUGCCGUAUCUGUCGCGGAGGGCGCACGAAAAUAAGGGCGUGCUGAAGAAGAUCCAGAAGGAGAAGAGCUUGCUGGCCAGAGAGAUAAUGAGGCGCAUGUUCACCGGUCAGAUUUGGUACACGCCCAAGGGGAAUUACGUUCCAGUCUAAAAAGUAUUCAUCUCGAAGCCUUCAGAAGUACUUGCAUUGACACGCUAUACCAUUUUAGCCGGCGACUUACCAAUGUAGAUAAGCAGUAUAAAAGUCAAGUCUGUCUUACUACUAUUUGUUAAGUAUAAGCAUCUCUGCGUGAUUAGUUCAUAGGGAUUUCCUAGCAGCCAGUUUACUUUUCUGUACUCCUCCUGUCUCAAGAACCACCCGAUAUUAGACGUGUUUUUCGAUAUUUGCUGUUUCGAAAAUUACCGAAUCAUUAUUGGAAACAUUCUAAUUUUAUUGAAUUUGAUCAAGCUAAACAUAAUAUGAUGAUCCAUAGUAGAAUUCAUUGAAACAAACAAUAGAAAUCAAUUAUAUAUGGAUGUUCUACCAUUUUUUAAUUCCAUCUUGUUUGUGCUGAUAACUCAAAGUUUGUUUUUGGCAGUAAAAUUUUGUUGACAUUUUAUUUCUCAAAAAAAUAUGGAUUCUUGAGAUUCAACUUAUGGAAAAUACCGUAAUGUUCAUAAUAAUUGCAAUUGGAAUGAUGAUUGAGUCAAUUAAGACAAAAAUGUAG